AUGCAGUAUGGGAAGCUGGAGGAGUUUGUGACUUUGGUGACAGAGCUGGUUCCAGAGCUGCUGAGUAAAAGGCAGAGGACCCAACUCAUCCUGGGACUGACAGCAAGGGUGAGAGAGGUGGAAAUGUUGAGGGUCGGAAACAGUCAUACCAUCGAAGGAUAGGCAGCCACAAGCUUUGUCCUGCAACUAGGCAUUUACAGUGCAUUUAGAGGAUUCAGACCCCUUGACUUUUUCCACAUUUUGUUACAUUACAGCCUUAUUCUAAAAUGGAUUAAAUUGUUUUUUCCCCCCUCAUCAAUCUACACACAAUACCCCACAAUGACAAAGCAAAAACAGGUUUUGCAGAAAUUACAGAUGCAAGUCUCUAUAAGCUUGGCACAUCUAGCCACUGGGAUUUUUGCUGAUUCUUCAAGGCAAAACUGCUCCAGCUCCUUCAAGUUGGAUGGGUUCCGCUGGUGUACAGCUACCUUUAAGUCAUACCACAGAUUCUCAAUUGGAUUGAGGUCUGGGCUUUGACUAGGCCAUUCCAAGACUUUUAAAUGUUUCCCCUUAACCCACUUGAGUGUUGCUUUAGCAGUAUGCUUAGGGUCAUUGUCCUGCUGGAAGGUGAACCUCUGUCCCAGUCUCAAAUCUCUGGAAGACUGAAACAGGUUUCCCUCAAGAAUUUCCCUGUAUUUAGCGCCAUCCAUCAUUCCUUCAAUUCUGACCAGUUUCCCAGUCUCUGCCGAUGGAAAAACAUCCCCACAGCAUGAUGCUGCCACCACCAUGCUUCACUGUGGGGAUGGUGUUCUCGGGGUGAUGAGAGGUGUUGGGUUUGCGCUAGCGUUUUCCUUGAUGGCCAAGAAGCUCAAUAUUAGUCUCAUCUGACCAGAGUACCUUCUUCCAUAUGUUUGGGGAGUCUCCCACAUGCCUUUUGGCGAACACCAAACGUGUUUGCUUAGUUUUUUCUUUAAGUAAUGGCUUUUUUCUGGCCACUCUUCCGUAAAGCCCAGCUCUGUGGAGUGUACGGCUUAAAGUGGUCCUAUGGACAGAUACUCCAAUCUCCCCUGUGGAGCUUUGCAGCUCCUUCAGGGUUAUCUUUGGUCUCUUUCUUACCUCUGAUUAAUGCCCUCCUUGCCUGGUCCGUGAGUUUUGGUGGGUGGCCCUCUCUUGGCAGGUUUGUUGUGGUGCCGUAUUAUUUCAAUUUUUUAAUCAUGGAUUUAAUGGUGCUCCGUGGGAUGUUCAAAGUUUCGUAUAUUUAUUUAUAACCCAACCCUGAUCUGUACUUCUCCACAACUUUGUGCCUGAACUGUUUGGAGAGCUCCUUGGUCUUCAUGGUGCUGCUUGCUUGGUGGUGCCCCUUGCUUAGUGAUGUUGCAGACUCUGGGGCCUUUCAGAACAGGUGUCUAUAUACUGAGAUCAUGUGACAGAUCAUGUGACACUUAGAUUGCACACAGGUGGACUUUAUUUAACUAAUUAUGUGACUUCUGAAGGUAAUUGGUUGCACCAGAUCUUAUUUACAUACACAAAAAAAUAAAUGUAUGCGCGCAUAACUGUAAGUCGCUUUGGAUAAAAGCGUCUGCUAAAUGGCAUAUUAUUAUUAUUAUUUAGGGGCUUCAUAGCAAAAGGGGGGGGGGGGGAUACAUAUGCACACACCGAUUUUCCGUUACUUAUUUUUUUGAAUUUUUUCAAACAAGUUAUGUUUUUCAUUUCACUUCACCAAUUAGGACUAUUUUGUGUAUGUCCAUUACAUGAAAUCCAAAUAAAAAUCCAUUUAAAUUACAGGUUGUAAUGCAACAAAAUAGGAAAAACGCCAAGGGGGAUGAAUACUUUUGCAAGGCACUGUAAGUAUUCAGACCCUUUACUCAGCACUUUGUUGAAGCACCUUUGGCAGCAAUUACAGCCUUGAGUCUUCUUGGGUAUGACGCUACAAGCUUGGCACACCUGUAUUUUGGGAGUUUCUCCCAUUCUUCUCUACAGAUCCUCUCAAGCUCUGUCAGGUUCAUCGUUCCCUCGAUCCUGACUAGUCUCCCAGUCCCUGCUGCUGAAAAUCAUCCCCACAGCAUGAUGUUGCCACCACCAUGCUUCACCGUAGGGAUGGUUGUCCUUCUGGAAGGUUCUUCCAUCUCCACAGAGGAAUUCUGGAGCUCUAUCAGAGUGACCAUCGGGUUCUUGGUCACCUCCCUGACCAACGCCCUUCUCCCCCGAUUGCUCAGCUCUAGGAAGAGUCUUGGUGGUUCUAAACGUCCCGAACAUCUUCCAUUUAAGAAUGAUGGAGGCCAGGCCUCCCAAGUGGCACAGUGGUCUAAGGCACUGCAUCGCAGUGCUAGCUGUGCCACUAGAGAUCCUGGUUUGAGUCCAGGCGCUGUCGCAGCCGACCACGACCGGGAGACCCAUGGGGCGGCGCACAAUUGGCCCAGCGUCGUCCAGGUUAGGGGAGGGCUUGGCCAGCAGGGGCAUUCUUGUCCCAUCGCACAUAUUAGCGACUCCUGUGGCAGGACGGGCGCAGUGCACACUGACACGGUUGCCAGGUGUACGGUGUUUACUCCGCACAUUGGUGCGGUGCGGCUCGGCUGGGUUGUGUUUCGGAGGACACACGGCUCUCGACCUUCGCCUCUCCCUAGUCCGUACGGUAGUUGCACCAAUGGGACAAGACUGUAACUACCAAUUGGAUACCAUGAGAAAGGGGUAAAAUAAAUAAAAAACAUAGAAUGAUGGAGGCCACUGUGUUCUUGGUGGAGGCCGUUGUGCCUCGACACAAUCCUGUCUCGGAGCUCUCUGGUUUUUGCUCUGACAUGCACUGUCAACUGUGGGACCUUAUAUAGACAGGUGUGUGCCUUUCCAAAUAAUGUCCAAUCAAUUGAAUUUACCACAGGUGGACUCCAAUCAAGUUGUAGAAAGACCUCAAGGAUGAUCAAUGGAAACAGGAUGCACCUGAGCUCAAUUUUGAGUCUCAUAGCAAAGGAUCUGAAUACUUAUUUCUGUUUUUUAUUUGUAAUACCUUUGCAAAAAUGUCUAAAAACCUGUUUUCGCUUUGUCAUUAUGGGGUAUUGUGUGUAGAUUGAUGAGGGAAAUGUUUUAUUUAAUCCAUUUAAGAAUAAGGCUGUAACGUAACUCAAUGAGGAAAAAGGGAAGGGGUCUGAAUACUUUCCGAAUGCACUGUAUGUUUACAUUUAUAUGAACAAUUCUGACUUUUACUUUAUUGUUUACAGAUGCAUUCACAUUUACAUUUUAGUAAUUUAGCAUAUGCGCUUAUCCAGAGCGACUUACAGGAGCAAUUAGGGUUAAGUGCCUUGCUCAAGGGUACAGCGACAGAUUUUUCACCUAGUCGGCUCGGGGAUUCUAACCAACUACCUUUCGGUUACUGGCCCAACGCUCUUAACCACUAGGCUACCUGCGGAAAAAAACUGUAGCUAGGUGUCCUUGAUCAACCAAACCUAAACUAUUUGGUUUCACCCCCCAAAAAGUUUCCCGUCAACAAAGACAUAUCCAUGAUCUCUAGGGACAUUACUUACGAUACGUCUGUUUGAAUGUGUCCCUCGCAAUCAAAUAAGAGUUUAAAACCAGUUUUUAUCUACGUCUACCAUUUUCAGGUUGUAGGCUGCCAUUCUAGACCACACAGUCACGCGACAGUUAGCUACCGUAAUCUACCACGUUCUACAGCUGUAAAAUGGAAGACCCUGGAUAAAAACGGGUUUUAAAUGCUUAUUUGAUAGCGAGGGACACAUUAAAAACACAUCAUAUCCAGAGUGAGUUACAGUAAGGGAGUGCAUACUUUGUAAAUUUUUGUACUGGUCACCCAUGGGAAUUAAACCCGCAACCUUGGCAUUGCAAGCGCCAUGCUCUACCAACUAAGCCACACGGGACUCAGUUGGUAUUGUAAGUAUUGUUCAUAAGUAUAGGAUUGAAUAAUUCAGGUUUGGUUGCUCAAGGAUGCCAGGCUACAGUUCUGUCCGCCACUAAGCAUCUGUAAAGAAUAAAGUAGAAGUCAGAAUCGUUAACAUACAUUUUUUAUUAUUAUUUUUUGUUAGGGGAUAGAUCAGCUUAAAUAUUGCAGAUAGAUUGUGGACUCCAUCAAUGUAAUGGUAUGCAUCAUUUCCAAUCCCCCAUAUAUAUAUUUUCUUCACGUGCUAGUCAGAACUAGGAAACGGACAUUUCUGACUUGCUAACUGGUUGUAGUUAUACGCUUGCCGCGUUCAACCAGUGGCGGCUCCUGAAAAAAUUCUAAGGAGGGGCAAUUUUUCUGAUGAUUUAGGUGACCUACACACAUUUUUAAAAAGAUAUGUCCAGCAACAACAUGAAGACAGGGGCAGCAUAUAAGUCAAUACCAGAAGCAUUUAUUGACUGAUCUCAAAAGUGUUGGCUUACAAAAGCAAAAUAAGUUAUCACAGUAAAAAUAAUCAAGGGUGUUCUUUCACAUUCCUCAACACUGCAUAAACAAUAUGUAUGGCUUUGUAAAAAUGAACAACCAUAUUCUGGCCAAUUGUAUAGAUUUGUAAAUAUGAACAACCAUAUUCUGGCCAAUUGUAUAGAUUUGUAAAAAUGAACAUGAACAGAUUUUUUUAUUUUUUUAUUCCUCUUUUUAGUCAGCUUUAGAAUGUGUUCAUACACUUAUGAGCACCACUGUACAGUACACAUAGUAUAUAAAAUAAGAUAGAUUACACCACUGGCCAUAUAUAAUGACAAUAAUGUAAUUUCAAACACAAAUGCAGUCUCCUUUCAUGCAUACAUUUUCAAAUAAAGCUCUGCUUUGAGAAAGAUCGAAUGAUAUUGUUUAAUCUUUAUCUUACCUUAUGGCCUGCACACUGCUUGCGAAGCUGUCGAGGGCACGUUUGAUAAAGACAGCAUCGAUGUCCUUAUUCUGUAGCUUCUGGUACGGUGGGCUGGUCAAAUGAACCCAAUGAACCCGUCCGGAUGGCUUCAAAACAUUCUAUGAGGUCGUCUCGAUUCUCGUAGACAGUGUUCACGACUCUGCUGUUGCUAACCUCAUCGUUGUGGCGGCGGACAGCUAGCCUGUAUCCCUCAUCCAGUUGAGUGGCAAUAUUCACUCUCACCAAAGCAGACAAUCUCAAACAGCUAUCAAUGUGGGUCUUUGACAGCUCAUUUUUCUUAAUCUUUUCUGAAAGAUGGUGCAUGUCGGUUACACCAGUCGCUGUCCAAGCGUUGCUGUCUGCCGUUCAUGGUUACGUUACGUUACGUAUGACGAAAGCGCGUAAGUGCAAGCCCUCAGACACCCAUAGAGAAUGUAUUGAAAGCUCAGAAAUUUGAAAAAAAAAUAUUUUACAUUAGAGGCUAUGAGAGACUUCUGGGCGAUUUUCAACCUGACUGAAAUCGCCCCAAAACGGGCGGGGACAUUUGAAGCACGACUUUAGCCUGAUUGGACAUUUAGUGGCUGGCAGAUCAGACGUGAACACUGAACUACUGUUGCCAUGAUAUAAUUGAUUAGAAAAAAAAUCCCUUCCUUUUCCCGUUUGGCAGUGCGUCGCCCAUAUCGCCCUAUUGAACACACCGCCCAUGCGUUCAACCAGUAGGCAUGUCAGAAGUUUCAGAGUUUCCUAGUCCCGAUUAGCACGUGAAACCGGCAACAGCCUACAUAAUGAGAUUAUUAUGGACAAAAGAGCAAGAUAAUUUUUAUUUGUCAGACGGAAGCCAAGCAUCGAUCAUCAUGUCACCAGAAUAAGACCCUGGAUAUUUAGGCCCUGUAGUGAUGACGAGAGGGAGGCUGCAGAGUCUAACUCUGUGGAGCUGGUCCAAACCCUGCUGGAAGACCAGUCUGAGAAGGAACACUUCAUCCAGGUGAGGAACCUUCUCUCUCUCCUUUAUGAUUAUUUUACUGAUCUUUUUCUGAAAUACUAGUUAAACAUAAUUUAAUAGGCUAUAAUACAAUCUAUUUUGCCUGAUAAAUCAACCUAAAGAUUUUGGAUGAAGGUUUUGCAGGAAACCCUUAUUGUGUGCUAAAUGAUAUAUUUCACAGGAGGUGUUUCCAGUACACUACGGCCCUCGGUAUGACACAGCACUGCAGAUACUCAUGUGGGAGUUCCUGUCCAGAUUGGAGGAGCUGCUGCCUGUACCAGACUUCACACAGGUACAGACUAGUACAUCCUCUCAGUUCUAAAAGACAGAUAGAUACAGACUAGUACAUCCUCUCAGUUCUAAAAGACAGAUAGGUACAGACUAGUACAUCCUCUCAGUUCUAAAAGACAGAUAGAUACAGACUAGUACAUCCUCUCAGUUCUAAAAGACAGAUAGAUACAGACUAGUACAUCCUCUCAGUUCUAAAAGACAGAUAGGUACAGACUAGUACAUCCUCUCAGUUCUAAAAGACAGAUAGGUACAGACUAGUACAUCCUCUCAGUUCUAAAAGACAGAUAGAUACAGACUAGUACAUCCUCUCAGUUCUAAAAGACAGAUAGAUACAGACUAGUACAUCCUCUCAGUUCUAAAAGACAGAUAGAUACAGACUAGUACAUCCUCUCAGUUCUAAAAGACAGAUAGAUACAGACUAGUACAUCCUCUCAGUUCUAAAAGACAGAUAGGUACAGACUAGUACAUCCUCUCAGUUCUAAAAGACAGAUAGAUACAGACUAGUACAUCCUCUCAGUUCUAAAAGACAGAUAGGUACAGACUAGUACAUCCUCUCAGUUCUAAAAGACAGACAGGUACAGACUAGUACAUCCUCUCAGUUCUAAAAGACAGAUAGAUACAGACUAGUACAUCCUCUCAGUUCUAAAAGACAGACAGGUACAGACUAGUACAUCCUCUCAGUUCUAAAAGACAGAUAGAUACAGACUAGUACAUCCUCUCAGUUCUAAAAGACAGAUAGAUACAGACUAGUACAUCCUCUCAGUUCUAAAAGACAGAUAGGUACAGACUAGUACAUCCUCUCAGUUCUAAAAGACAAAUAGGUACAGACUAGUACAUCCUCUCAGUUCUAAAAGACAAAUAGGUACAGACUAGUACAUCCUCUCAGUUCUAAAAGACAGAUAGAUACAGACUAGUACAUCCUCUCAGUUCUAAAAGACAGAUAGAACAUGGUGUGUAAAUCAAAUAGGAUUUUGGGUAAUUUCACUUACCGGUAUGUAUAAUAUAUCAAGAGGCUGGCACAAUGUAUUUGAAUUCUCAUUACCUUAUAAACCCACUGGCCUGCUUCUCUCAGACAACAGAAUGGCUCGGUGCUGCCUCCUCUAUCCUGGAGGAAUGUGGACAGAGAGUCUUGGACGUUGAACAGCUGAAGACACUGCUGCAGCACCAUAGGCGUCAUGGAAACCUGAACAAUAUUAAGUGUCUCCAUCCAGGUUAUCAUGGUCAACUAUAGAGUCACAUUGUCCACCUGUCCUAAUAACUUGGGAAUCCAGGUGUAUGGUCUAUCAAGCCAAUCAGUUUUAACACAAGAGAUAAAGGAAUAGCUCCAUAAACUAGCCGUAGGGGACUGGUUCUUGUUUCCUAGACAGAAGGAAGGUUUUCGUAGAAAGAGUUUAAUAUACAGGUCUGUGUUCUUUCUCCCAGGUCAUACCUUUCAUUUCACUGCAGAUACCAUCCUGUCUACGCUAUCUUUCCCUCCAAAAAUAAGAGUUGUCAUUGGCUCUGAGCAGGACAACUCUGGCCAUAUGAGGGCAUGCCCAAAUGCAGAUGAAUGCAUUCAGAACGAAACGGAGAGAGAAGGAAACAGAGAAGAGAGAGAAGGACAACUUAAUGGGGGCAGAGAGGAGGAAGAGGAGGAAGAAGAAAUAGGAGAGAGUCAGAGUGAUCCAGACUGGGAAGAUGAAGACAACAAUGAUAGAAGUGAUGAGAGUCUGGAUGAAGGCGCUGCUAGAUGAUUGGAUGAUAUAGGACUAUCAAACUUGGAGCAACGGGAAGAGGAGGGCUUAUCACUUGCAGAGUCCUCCACUUCGGUUAUUCCAGGGCCCAGCGAUGGUAAGAACAUUUAAAUCAGUCACACAUUCAUCCACUUUUAUUUGAAAAUAUUUAAAGUAUAUUAAGAUAAAUGGAGUGCAAAAGAUAGCUCAGUUACAGCCAUCACAACAGCUGCGAUACACUGGUGGUGACUCGAGGUGUCUUUUACUCACAGUUUAACUGACAAGUCGGGAAGACGAUUUAGAGUUAUGAGUUAUGAAAAUUGAACUCUUCUUCCAGAUUUUUCAAAAUACUUAUUUCCAAUUAAUAGCUAAAAAUAAUUGUUUAAAACUAUAAUACUAAUCUCAUAUACUAUUAAUACUUGCAUCCAUAGCUCUAUCAAUGAAUGUGAAAGUGGCUACAUUUCCCCAGUCACAUCCCUCAUCUCACCAAACAAAGUAGCAGGGUCAGGCUGUUGAAAUGGCAGACUGGGGCUGCCCGGUGGGGUGUGUACUGUUUUAGCAAACAACUUCUGUUGUACUUGGAUUAAUAAAGUUAUAUUUGAGUGAGGAAGUAUUAGAGAAUUGAAAUCGCUCUUCAAAUGCUCAUUAAGGAAGAUGCCCAAUAAGGCCUAGUAUAUCAUGUCCUAUGUAACCUGCUCUCUUGUAUUUCAUCCCUACAGGAAUGAAUGGUGACGUGCCAUCCCGGCUCCUUGCCUGCUCGAUGUGCCCCUUCUCUCACAGUAAAAUGGCCGAACUUCACCAGCACAUCAGGACCAAGCAUCAAGGGACGGACAGCAAGUGUCUUGUCUCUGAAGAAGCUGAAACUGAUAACCCUCUUCCCCAGCGCAAGACAAAAAGAGGCUUCAACAAGUGGACUCCAAUUUGCACCCUCUGUGGAAAGGUUUUCAAAUUUGCAUAUCAACUACAGCAACAUUUUAGAACUCAUAAACUGCCAUUCCAUUGUGAGAAACGUUAUGCUAAGCAGAGCAGUCUGGAAAUACACCAGAGAAUUCACACAGGAGAAAAAACCCUUGUUGCUCAUACUGUGAUAGGGGAUUUAGAGGUGCUUUUACACUCAAACUGCAUGUGUGUACACACACUGGGGAGCGUCCUCACUGCUGCACUGUUUGUGGGACGCGGUUGGUCACAAGACCAAAUACUAAUGAAACACCUGCGGAUGCAUAAAGGAGAGAGAAAUUAUUUAUGUAGCAUAUGUGGAAAGGCAUUCCUUGCCUCUGGAGAACUGAGGCUGCAAACACGAUUGCAUACAGGAGAAUGCCCAUACAUCUGUGAAAUCUGUGGAAAGGGUUUCAAAGCAUCAUGCAAUCUUACGCUUCAUAUGCGAUGUCACACAGGCAAGCGUCCUUAUUCCUGCACUCAA